AGCAUGACUACCGGGCGGACCCUCGUCCGGUCAAUGUAUGGUUGGGGCUCUGUGAUCAUUUUCUAGGCCAGUGCUUUCAAACAUUGUUGUGGUAUAUUUUAAAAUAAGCAGCCAUGCAAACGGAUUCUUGAAGAUAUUGAAUACGAAAGCAAAUACAGAACUGCAAGCAAGAUGGCAGCCAGUAAGUUCAUAACACAAAUCUGAUGUCAAGAGCUGUAGGGGCCAAGAAUGCAGGAGAAGCGCAACGUUCAAAUCAUAGAAUGGGAAGACUUGGACAAGAAAAAGUUCUACUCCUUCGGGGUGUUUAUGACUAUGACCAUCCGGGCAGGUGUGUACCCGGCCACACUGAUCCGGACCCGGCUUCAGGUGCAGAAAGGGAAGAGUCUGUACAGCGGUACCUUCGAUGCUUUCUUUAAAAUCUUGAGUUCAGAGGGUGUCCGCGGACUUUACAGGGGAUUCCUGGUCAACACGCUCACGUUGAUAUCCGGUCAGGCUUACAUCACCACCUAUGAACUGGUUAGGAAGUAUGUGUCCACUUACACAUCAAACAAUACUGUGAAAUCUCUUGUGGCAGGUGGGUCUGCGUCCCUCGUGGCUCAGAGCAUCACAGUUCCUAUUGACGUGGUCUCGCAGCACCUCAUGAUGCAGGGACAGGGAGGCGACAUGGGCCGAUUUAAAGUGAACGCCAAAGGGGUACAACCUGCAAAGCACAAAAUGACAUUCGGACAGACGAGGCAUAUUAUCAUUCAGAUAUUCACAACCGACGGCUUUAGGGGAUUCUACAGAGGGUAUGUGGCCUCGCUGUUAACAUACAUCCCCAAUAGUGCUGUGUGGUGGCCUUUCUACCACUUCUAUGCAGAGCAGCUGUCCAACUUGGCACCCACUAACUGCCCACACCUCCUCCUUCAAGCCAUGGCUGGUCCUAUGGCAGCCACAACAGCGUCUACAAUCACAAACCCUAUGGACGUAGUGAGAGCCAGAGUGCAGGUUGAAGGCAGAUCAUCUGUGAUUGAGACAUUCAAGCAGCUCAUAGCAGAAGAAGGGAUGUGGGGCAUGACUAAGGGGCUGUCAGCCCGGAUCAUCUCCUCCACACCUACAGCCAUCGUCAUGGCGGUUGGGUACGAAACCCUGAAGAAAAUGAGCCUCCGCCCUGAGCUUGUGGAUUCCAGACAUUGGUAGAGACUGUAAGAGGAGGAAAGGCAGAAAGAAAGCAAAAACGAUUCCAUAUUC